AUGGAGUCCCAACCGGAAUUGAGUGUUUUGGAAGUAAACAAGCGAUUGCUUACGGAACUUGAAGAUAUGGGAUUCCCACGGCUCCUAGCAGCAAGGGCACUUCAUUAUUCUGACAAUACUGGCAUUGAGGCUGCCAUAGAUUGGAUCGUUGAGCACGAGAAUGACCCAGAUAAUAUUGAUCCAACGCCCUUGAUAGCAGUGAACAUUGAUAUCGACUCUCCUCAGCCAUUUCAAACUACAGAGGAAAUGCAAAUAAAAGCACAAGAAUUAAGGAAUCGAGCUCGCAAGAAGAAGGAAGAUGAAGAAAGGAAGUCGGAACGAGUAAGGGAGAAGGAAAGGAUUCGAGCUGGCAAGGAAAUCCUUGAAGCGAAGCGAAUUGCUGUGGAUAAUGAAAGAAAACGUUAUUUAGCCUUGAGGAAAUCAGAGAAAGAGGAAGAGAAAAGGGCAAGGGAUAAAGUUCGUCAGAAACUGGAAGCUGAUAAGGCUGAACGAAGGCGGAUGCUUGGAUUGCCAGCAGUAAGCCAGGCAACUACAAAACUUUCUAGACCUUCCACACAUGAAAAAAAGAACUAUGCUUCCAUUACGUCUGUCAGGAAAGCUGAGCAGUUAAGAGAAUGUUUAAGGUCUCUCAAGCUCAAUCACAAGGAUUCUGAUGCUACAGUCAAAAGGGCCUUUCAAACUCUUCUCAUUUAUGUUGGGAAUGUUGCAAAGAAUCCUGAUGAGGAAAAAUUCAGGAAAAUUCGCAUCAGUAAUCCAUUAUUCCAGAAUAGGAUUGGAAGAUUGAGAGGAGCCACUGAGUUUCUUGAACUUUGUGGGUUCGAAAGAAUCGAAGAGGACAAAUUCUUGUAUCUUCCUCGUGAUAAGGUAGACUUGGCAGUUCUAAACUCAGCAGGACUGGAGAUAAAGUCUGCAAUAACGAAUCCUUUCUUUGGACUUUUCUCCCAUGCGUAG